GCGGAGCAGAGCGGAGGGGCCACGGAGCAGCAGCGGAGAGGAGCGGCGUGUGUUUCGGAGUUUUAUGGCCCCUUUACCGUCCACCAUGAGCUCCGUGCAAGGACCACUUCUCCAGGACGGCGGGGAGGAGACGAAGGCCAGCGACAGUAGCGCGGCGAGGGGAUGUAAGAGCAAGGCGCUGAGCCUGCCCUUCAGCGUGGAGGCGCUCAUAUCAGACAGAGGCACCUCCAGGACUUCAUAUCCCGCAGCGGAACCCGGUGGGACGAGCCCUGCGCCCGGGGCCGAGGAGCGCCUGCGGCUCUCCCCCUCAGCUCUGUACGCGGAGAGGAAAGCGGCGCUGGAGAGCGGGACAAACCCGGGAAAAAGAGGAGGCGCGGAGGAGCGCGAGGAGAAGACACGAGGAGGCUGGUUUCAGAGCCCUCCGUACACUUCCCCGCCAAGACACUCCAGUCCGUCUCCGUGCGCGCUCAGGAAGCACAAGAACAACCGCAAGCCGCGGACUCCAUUCACCACGGCCCAGCUGCUGGCGCUCGAGCGCAAGUUCCGCCAGAAGCAGUACUUGUCCAUCGCGGAGCGCGCGGAGUUCUCCAGCUCGCUCAACCUGACCGAGACGCAGGUCAAGAUCUGGUUCCAGAACCGCAGGGCCAAGGCCAAGAGACUGCAGGAGGCCGAGCUGGAGAAGCUCAAGCUGGCGGCCAAGCCCGUGCUGCCGGCGCUCGCGCUCCCCUUCCCGCUGGCGGCGGGAGCGCACGCGGGUUCUCCGGGCCUGUACGGCCACGCGGCGGCCUUCCCGCGGCCCGCACUGCCCCUGCCCGGACUGUUCGGUGGACCUGUGACCUACGGGAUGUACUAUCUGUCCUAACUGAGCGCAUCACUGCGAGACUGCUGUGCUGAAUUUGUAUUUCCUGUCCAAAAAUGGACCAACUUAACUCUCCUAAAGUUACACAGGCCCAUAACAAAACGGCGACAGGUUAUAAUGCAGUGCAGAAAAGCGCUUUCAGGACUCGGUGCAAAGCUGCUCCCUUUAAAAACCAUCCAACCUGUUGCUUAUAGCGCAACAAGAACAGAGCCUGAUAUCAUCUGUCACAUGUGCUGGUAGAAAUGAUUCAAUAAGCCUCAUCUCUUAAUGUCUGCGGACAAACACGUGCAGAAACUGACCGUGUCAGAGGAAGAGGGUCCGUUUAAUCGGACAGUUUAAUCUGGUAAACUGCAGCCCUGCAUUUAAACAAAACAAUUAAGUGAAAAAAACAAAUAUUGGUGAGCUGAUCAGAAAGAGCCUCACUCUAAAAACAGAUGUGUUAAAAAAAACAACACUCUCUGUCUUUAACUAGACGCGUUCAGUCGGGGACACAUUUUGAGUCACUUUUGACACAGAAUGUGUUAAAAUAUUUCUGCGCCCACUUACGGAAAACACACUUUGUGUUACUUUUAACACAGAUUGUGUCAAAUCAGAAAACAGUAUGACACAAAACGGGUAACACAAGUCAGCAUGUUGUUAUUUACCACAUCACUUUUGAGAGUGUCCAUGACCCUCAGCUCGCGCUCAUCCGCACUGUUGCUCUUACCAGCGAUUCUCAACACCACACUGAGAGAACCAUCACACACAUUUCUGUGUAAAUUUUCUGGUUUUAAUUAUCUGGUUUUGCAGAAAACAAGUGAUGAGAAAUCUAAAUCCUGAGCCUUGUUUUUUUUUUAAUCGAGCUCACAUUGGAGACUCUUAACGCUUGAUUGGAUUUAAGUGACCCCAACCUGAUGCUUUCACUGGGUUUGGUUUAGCCUGGACUUCUUUAGGCUCUAUGUACCGCGCUAUAGUACGAUAGACUGUAAAAUAACCUCUAGAUUUUUUUUAUUAUUGUAAAUAAGCGUAUAUAUUAGCAUCCAGCUAUUUUCAACCACCUUUGAAAUUACGAAUAGAAUUGCUGAUAUUUAUACAUUGUGUUUACAUUUAUCUUCUGUAAAUUAUUGUAUAUAUUUGUACAUAAAAAUUAGAAAAAAUAAUCUUUUGUAUUGAAAAAUAAAUUUGGAACAAGUGAACUGUGUGUCGUUUUUCUGCAGGCUAUUUUUUAGACGCAGCACUAUGAACUGUAUUUCUUAAACACGUUUAAAAAGCGAUGUGUUAAAAAAACAACACAUUCUGUCUCUAACCAGGCACA